GCGGCGGGUCCCCCACGCCUCUGGGGCUCUGGCGGCGGCAGGUCCUGGCAGUCGCUCGCCGGUCACCUCGCCGAUGUGAUGGCGGUCCCGGGCUCCCUGGCCGAGUGUGGCUACAUCCGGACGGUGCUGGGCCAGCAGAUCCUGGGACACCUGGACAGCUCCAGCCUGGCCCUGCCCUCCGAGGCCAGGCUGAGGCUGGUGGGCAGCAGCGGCCGCGGCGACACGGCGGCCCGGAGCCAGCGGAUCCAGGAGCAGGUGCAGCAGACCCUGGCCCGCCGGGGCAGGAGCUCGGUGGUCAGCGGGAAUCUUCACCGAACCAGCAGUGUCCCUGAGUAUGUCUACAAACUGCACUUGGUUGAGAAUGACUUUGUUGGAAGGCGAUCACCUGUCACCAGGGACUAUGACAUGCUAAAGUCUGGAAUGAGUGCUACUUACGGAAGUCGCUGGGGGAGAGGAACAGCACAAUACAGUUCCCAGAAGUCAGUGGAGGAGAGGUCCUGGAGGCAACCUCUGAGGAGACUUGAGAUUUCCCCAAAUAGCAGCCCGGAAAGGACUCGCUAUGCCCACAGUGAAUACCAGUUUGCCUGGCGGAGCCAGGGCCAUGUGCCCGGUGGGCGCCUUACCCUGCCACGCUAUGCACGCUCAGAGAUCCUGAGCCUUCGCCAGGCGGGCACCGUCCGCAGGCCACCCGUGAGCGGGUCGUUCAGCGAUGCUGUCUUCGACAAUGGUCCACUCAACCCCACGAUGCCUCCCCAUCCACCAGGCACCAGCCACAGCGCAGGCAGCCUGCUGGAAGAGACCGUGCGCGUGACCCAGGCUCGGCCUCUGGGUGCACAAAGCAGAGCCGCCCGCUCUUCCUGGCCCCGAAGCUCAGUCCGCAGCACCCUGCAGGACCCAGGGAGGUUGCUGCCUACUGCGGGCCAGGCAGCUGUGGGCAGCGGGGAUGCGCACCGGGAGAGGAGCACCUUCACUGAUGUCCAGCUCGGGAAUGCAGACGUGGAGAUGACCUUGGAGAGAGCUGUGAAUAUGCUCGACGCAGACCGCGUACCACUGCCCAGGAUUUCUGCCGCAGCUACGUUUAUACAGCAUGAGAGCUUCCAAAAGUCCGAAGCCCGGAAAAGAGUUAAUCAGCUCCGAGGCAUCCCUAAGCUGCUGCAGCUGCUCAAAGUCCAGAAUGAAGAUGUCCAGCGGGCUGUGUGUGGGGCCUUGAGGAACUUGGUUUUUGAAGACAAUGACAACAAGUUGGAGGUAGCUGAGCUGAAUGGAGUACCUCGCCUACUCCAGGUGCUGAAGCAAACCAGAGACUUGGAGACAAAAAAGCAAAUAACAGGUCUGCUCUGGAACUUGUCCUCUAAUGACAAGCUCAAGCACCUCAUGAUAACAGAAGCCUUGCUCACCCUGACAGAGAGUGUCGUCAUCCCCUUCUCGGGGUGGCCCGAAGGAGACUACCCCAAAGCAAAUGGCUUGCUGGAUUUUGAUAUAUUCUACAAUGUCACUGGAUGCCUAAGAAACAUGAGCUCAGCUGGCCCUGAUGGGAGGAAGACAAUGAGAAGAUGUGAUGGGCUCAUUGACUCGUUGGUCCAUUAUGUCAGAGGAACCAUUGCAGACUACCAGCCGGACGAUAAGGCCACAGAGAACUGUGUGUGCAUUCUUCAUAACCUCUCCUACCAGCUGGAGACAGAGCUCCCAGAGAAGUAUUCCCAGAGUAUCUACGUGCAGAACCGGAAUAUCCAGACCAACAGUAACAAGAGUACCGGCUGCUUUGGCACUCGAAGUAGGAAAGUAAAAGAGCAAUACCAAGACGUGCCAAUGCCCGAGGAGAAGAGCAGCCCCCGGGGCAUGGAGUGGCUGUGGCAUUCCAUUGUGAUAAGGAUGUAUUUGUCCUUAAUUGCCAAGAGUGCCCGAAAUUAUACCCAAGAGGCCUCAUUAGGAGCGCUCCAGAAUCUCACAGCAGGAGGUGGCCCGAUGCCCACAUCAGUAGCUCGGAUGGUUGUCCAGAAGGAAAAUGGCCUUCAGCACACCCGGAAGAUGUUGCACGUGGGUGAUCCCAGUGUGAAAAAGACUGCGGUCUCCCUGCUGAGGAAUUUGUCACGGAAUCUUUCUCUGCAGAAUGAAAUUGCCAAAGAAACUCUACCAGAUUUGGUUUCCAUAAUUCCUGACACAGUCCCAAGUACUGACCUUCUCAUCGAAACUACAGCCUCUGCCUGCUACACACUGAACAAUUUAGUGCAGAAUAGUCACCAGAAUGCACGAGACCUCCUCAACACCGGAGGCCUGCAGAAAAUUAUGACCAUCAGCGCAGGAGAAGGCUAUGCCCCCAACAAGGCCAGCAAAGCAGCUUCUGUCCUUCUGUACUCUCUGUGGACACAUACAGAACUCCAUAAUGCCUACAAGAAGGCUCAGUUUAAGAAGACAGACUUUGUCAACAGCCGGACCACCAAAGCCUACCACUCCCUUAAAGACUGACAAAGGUGGAAAUAAAUUUGGAAAUUUCAGCUUCAGGGUUCCCCACUAUAACCCCCCCCCAAAGAAAACACCUAUUUUUCUACUAACUGACCCAAGAAACCUCAGAAAGCAUGCUUUGUUUAUAUUCUUUUGUAUUUCUAUCCCCAAAGUCUAGAAAAUGAAUAAUCACGAUAUAAUUUGUUUAGGCAUCCUUAAGACUUCUACAAGGUCUGUUGUGCCCUGUAGAGCUCACGGACACCAUCAUCCACGCUCACAGUACAUGUGAAUACAUGUGGGUAACAGCCAAGGAGCACCUGAGGAAAGACCUGAGUGGCUAGACUUUUAAAGUGAGCUUGACAUUUCUGUCCUUUGUCUGGGCUUCCUUCUUGUCCCUCGUCUGCAUGUUACUCCAUUAUUGAACCACAGGCGUGUGUUCACCAUACUGAACAGGACAGAGAUGACAAGAAUAAAGCUUUGGUGACAAGUCGUUUGUGAUUGUUUUCCACCCUUUUGGGUAGCUCUGCUUUAUCUUUAUCUUUCAAUUUAAAUGGAUGUAAGAAAUGUAGAUUCCAGAGCUGCAUCAGUUGAGAAGUGUCAUAGCAAACUCUGUGGCUGUAGAGACUCACCCACCGCGCGCCACUGCGACGAGCAAGCAUGUGGUGGAGAAAUGGGAGAGAAGAGAAACAGAGCGACUCGUGCUGUGGAGAGAGGUGGGACUGGAGACGCUGUUGUGGUGAGGAACAGGCUGGCGAGAGCGGCCUGCACUGCCACCUGGAGCCAAGUGAUGUCUGGACCUCUGCUGCUUCCGAGGUGGCUCCACGGUAGCCAGGGAGCUGUGUUGAUGUCUGUGGUCCCUAUUACUACCAAAGGCCAUGAGGGUGCCUGUGGUCUGGGCUGCCACCCAAAGCCAUGCUGAUGUCCAAGGGCCAUGCUGAGCUGGCCCUGCCCCUGAGAGAGUUUGCCCUGCCCUCACAGGAGAGUUGGGCCUGCCUCUCCCUGACUGCUGCCUGCAGGGAAGCUGACCCUGCACUUCACCUCGCCUGAGUGGGGGUUCCCAGCGGAGGCCUGGGCUGAUCAACUCAGCUACCACCCAGGCCCACCCCAACGUCUCCCCCAUCUGUGACUACUGGAGUUCAUUAAGGGCGGUCCUGCAGAGCUAUAGCCACAGGGUCUCCAUGACUACAACAGCAUGGUAUCCAAGAGGAGUCUGGGCGGGAGGGGUCCAGUAUGGAUGGUCUAGCAGAAGCCAGAGGCCUUGAACCAGACCAACAACAUGUUGCAGUGAACGUUAUACAAGUAAAACCGUUGGGCACAAGGGCCUACUGCACAGCACACCGCGGCUUCCCUUACCACUGCGGCGAAUACAUUUAUGAAGGACAGGUGGGCAAGGAGGAGGGGCAAAGUGGGGCUUUUUUAUUAUUUUUUUUACUUUUUCCUUUCUUUUUUGGAGGGGAGGCUACAAGGGUGGAGGGAGGACAAGGAAGGACUGAGAAAUGAGUGGGAUCGGGCGCAUGAUAUGAAAUUCUCAAAGAAUAAAAAGUGAUCUUUAAAAAAGUCUG